CGAAGAAGUUUUGCCGAAGAAGGAUGCGUUUGCGCAGGACUCACCGAUGGAAUUUUGCGCCCUGAAAGCCCCCCGACAUAUAUCCGCGGUGGAUGGCAAACUACCCCGGAUUGUUCAGUUCAGUUCAGUUCAGAUCGUCAUCCGAUCCGACAUAAGCUCGAGUCGGUGGGUGGGUCAUCCCGACUUUCUGUUACGCCGUAUCAUCACGUCACUGUUGCCAGCAACAGCCGCCAUGAACAUCGAAGAGUUUCGCAUUCGCGGCAAAGAGAUGGUGGACUACAUCUGCGAAUUCAUGAGCAACAUUCAUACCAGGAGAGUCACACCGGAUAUUGGUCCUGGCUAUCUCAAAUCUUUGCUGCCGUCGGCACCACCGAAUGAUCCGGAAUCUUGGGAUGAAAUCAUGAAAGACGUGGAAUCCAAGAUCAUGCCGGGCAUCACGCAUUGGCAGCAUCCAAGGUUUCACGCCUAUUUCCCGGCCGGAAAUUCUUUUCCCUCUAUUCUUGGUGAUAUGCUAUCUGACGCGAUCGGCUGCAUUGGAUUUUCUUGGGCGGCCAGCCCCGCCUGCACAGAAUUGGAAACGAUAGUCUGCGAUUGGUUCGGCAAGGCGAUUGGAUUGCCAACUGAUUUCUUAUACUUUAGCGAGGGCAGUAAAGGCGGAGGCGUUAUACAGGGUUCAGCAUCGGAAUGCAUUCUCGUGUGCAUGCUGGCCGCUCGGGCACAAGCAAUUGCGAGACUCAAGGAAUCUCCUGCACAUGCACACUUGGACGAGACCGCGCUGCUCGGCAAGCUGAUGGCAUAUUGCAGCCGGGAAAGUCAUAGUUCUGUCGAGAAGGAUGCAAUGAUAUGCUUCGUGAAGCUGCGUAUUCUGGAACCCGAUGAGAAGAGCGUACUUCGCGGAGAGACCUUGCGACAGGCGAUCGAGAGUGACACAGCUGAGGGCUAUGUUCCCUUUUUCGUGUCAACGACUCUUGGCACUACCGCCUGCUGUUCAUUCGAUAAUCUUAAAGAAAUAGGCCCGGUUUGUAAAAAAUAUCCAGGGGUCUGGCUUCACGUAGAUGCUGCUUAUGCUGGAAAUGCUUUCAUCUGUCCAGAAUUGAAAUAUUUGAUGGCCGGCGUCGAAUACGCCGAUUCCUUCAACACCAACACCAAUAAAUUCUUAUUGACAAACUUCGAUUGCUCCUGCCUUUGGGUUCGCGACAGAUUUAAACUUACCAGUGCACUCGUUGUGGAUCCCUUGUAUCUACAGCACACACAUGCGGAUACAGCUAUAGAUUACCGACACUGGAGUAUAGCGUUGAGCAGGCGAUUCCGUUCAUUAAAGUUAUGGUUCGUAAUGAGAAGUUAUGGUAUAUCUGGGCUACAGGCCUAUAUCCGAAAUCACGUCAGACUCGCUAAAAGAUUCGAAGCACUCGUUAGGAAAGAUUCCAGAUUCGAAGUUUGCAAUGACGUUGUGCUGGGUUUGGUGUGCUUUCGCGCCAAAGGCAGCGAUAAAUUGAAUCAGAAAUUAUUGAGUACUAUUAAUGACUCAGGAAAAAUACAUAUGAUCCCGGCGCGAGUAAAUCAACGUUAUACAAUACGUUUUGCGCUCGCUGCACCUAAUGCUACUGCCAGAGAUGUUGACACGGCGUGGAGCAUUAUAACGGAUUAUCUAACUGAAUUAUUGGAGUUCAAUGAUGUAAUGGAUGAGCUUGCGGAUAUUCGCGAAAAGAAGAGGAAAGCUACCUUGGAACAAAGGAGAUCAUUCUUCGUGCGCAUGGUAUCUGAUCCUGCGAUUCAGCCAGGAUUCACGAAGACUCCGAACAGAACAGGAGUCAAGCUCGACACGCAGGCAACGAUUGGCGGUAUUGGAUCAAAUACUCAAUCCGGAACAAAAUCUUGGAUAUCUUGGCCACUUGCUUAUCUCAUGCAAGCGAAAGAAGCUGCUGAUACAAGUGAAUUAUCGCUCAGAUUUCGCCACCUGGAUACUAUGGUGCGCCUGAAGACCGGUGGUACUGGAAGUCGCCGCGGUAGCAGUAACGGAUGCAGCCCAGAUCCGUCCCCGUCUGCUUCACCCUCGCGAGGCAGAUCGCCCAACGGCCGCGCGUAAUCGCGUUAUAUCGAUCUUUUCUUUCUUCGUGCAAUCUUUCUGCAGAGUUCUCCAAGCGCAACACUCGUGACGGAUACUCUGAAACUCCAAUGCGUGCUCCAAAAAGGCAGACGAAGAGGAAACUAGUUACAACUUCACAUCGGGAACCGAUACUGCCGACAAUCUCGAUAUUAAAGCCUAUCUUAGACACUGUAUAAUUUGGGACGGAGAGAAAUAAUUCUUUCUGUCUAUAAUUUUAUGUGUUAUAUUGUAAAUAUAGUUAUAAAUGAGAGAAAGGUCUCACAUUAAAUUCUUCAAUUAGAAUUAUAUAGAUAUAUUAAUCUUGCAAAAUUACUUUCUCUAUAUUAGAAUAUUAUCUGACUUCGUCAAAAUAUUGCUAUCGUAAAGCAUGCAAUUAAAACUUUAAAUCGUUAAUUGCAAUUAUUAAAACUAUCAGUUUACUUAAAU